AUGGAUCGGCAUUCAGAGGUUCGCAGAAAUAUAAGAAAUUUUGAACAGUCUGAAAAUAAGUGUCAAAAAUCGUCAAUUUGGAAAAGAAUACGAAAAAUAUUUAGCUCGAAAAAAGAAAAGUUCGAAAUCCCGAUUUCAAGAGAAAAUUUCGAAGAUCUCCGAGAUGAUGCCUUUUACAAAUUGCAAAUCGCCAAUCAGAUAUCUGUCCACAACGUAGAACAAGUCAACCACAAUCGAAAAACGUCCAUUGCAAUAAGAAACGGAGGCAGGUGGAAACGAUCUCAGCUCCGGAAAGAAAAUUCAGUCGAUUCUGAGUCGACUUCUCAUCUUUACCCAUCUCAGCACACGACCCCUUGCUCGAUAAAACGAUCGCUUCGAUCGCUAGAACGACUUUCCGGCUUUGACAUUUCGACGGAUAAAAUCAAUUCUGGCUGCUCCAGCAGCGCCAAUUUCAAUUAUCAAAGACGACAAUCGCUCAAGAGUAAUUAUUCUGGACGAGUGACUUUUGAAAAUUUCGGAUCCUCCCAACGACGAUUACUCAACAAAAGCAUAAGCUGA